UAUUCUAAUACUUUUUUUUUCACCACUUAAAAAACAGUGCGUAUGCUAGAACUUUGUAAACUUCGGAAUGGGUUUUGCAAUGGACAUGUGAGUCAUGAUUUAGGGCAAACAGGAAUAACAAAGGAGGAAGACGAGCUGCAAACGCAGCUGGUAACCAUUAAACACCACUAUCAGCCGUCAGUAAUGAUUCCCAUCUCCAGGCGAUACAAAACCCUAGUUUUUGAUGCAUAAACACUCAAUGGGUUAUCUCAAUAGAGCGUCCAAAGCAAUCCAAGUAGUCAAUCGCAAAUACAGACUCAGCCCCAAUCAUCACCAUCAUUGUUAUAGGUUAGGAUUACCUUAUUCUAGCUCAUAUGAACACGGAUUCUGCUCCAAUUCACGGAAUAGUAACCGCAAGGACGAUAACAACGCCAUAGAUUUGAGCCAGUAUCCUACCGAAAAAAUUCGAAAUUUCUCCAUUAUUGCUCAUGUUGAUCAUGGAAAAUCUACACUGGCUGAUCGACUUCUUGAGCUUACUGGUACUAUUAAGAGAGGCCUUGGGGCCCAAUACCUUGAUAAACUACAGGUCGAGAAAGAAAGGGGAAUCACUGUUAAAGCUCAAACAGCCACCAUGUUUUACAACUACAAAUCAAAGGAGAGCUCCACAAGCUAUUUACUGAACCUAGUUGACACACCAGGCCAUGUUGAUUUCAGCUAUGAAGUAUCAAGAUCUUUAGCUGCUUGCCAGGGUGCCCUUUUGGUAGUUGAUGCAGCUCAAGGUGUUCAAGCUCAAACAGUUGCAAACUUUUACCUUGCAUUUGAAUCCAACCUUUCAAUAAUACCAAUCAUAAACAAAAUCGAUCAGCCAACAGCUGACCCUGAUCGAGUCAAAUCCCAGUUGAAAUCCAUGUUUGAUCUUGACCCAAGCGAUGUACUUUUAACCUCUGCUAAAACCGGUCAAGGUCUUGAACACGUGAUUCCAGCCGUAAUAGAGCGGAUUCCGCCUCCUCCCGGAAUGUGUGAUUCCAAUCUUCGUAUGUUUCUGUUGGAUUCUUAUUACGAUGAGUAUAAGGGGGUGAUAUGUCACGUGGCGAUUGUUGAUGGGUCUUUGCGUAAAGGUGAAAAGAUUACAUCAGCUGCAACGGGUCAAUCUUAUGAGGUUUUGGAUGUUGGAAUCAUGCAUCCAGAACUUCGAAGUACUGGAUUCCUUUUGACUGGUCAAGUUGGGUAUAUGGUUAGUGGUAUGAGGUCAACUAAGGAGGCGCGUGUUGGAGAUACAUUGUUUCAUAACAAAACUAUUGUAGAGCCUCUACCAGGGUUCAAGGCUGCAAAACAUAUGGUUUUUUCUGGACUUUAUCCUGCUGAUGGAUCUGAUUUUGAAGGUUUGAAUAAUGCAAUUGAGAGAUUAACAUGUAAUGAUGCAAGUGUCUCUGUUGCUAGAGAGAGUAGUACAGCACUUGGAUUAGGUUUCAGGUGUGGGUUCUUAGGAUUACUCCACAUGGAUGUUUUCCAUCAACGGCUUGAGCAGGAAUAUGGAACUCAUAUUAUUUCCACUGUUCCAACUGUACCAUAUAUCUUUGAGUAUUCAGACGGGAGCAAAGUAGAGGUUCAAAAUCCAGGUGCUUUCACUGCAAACCCUAAAAUCCGAGUGGUUGCUUCUUGGGAACCUACAGUAUUGGCAACUAUUAUUAUCCCCAGUGAGUAUGUGGGAGCUGUUAUUACUCUUUGCUCUGAAAGAAGAGGGGAACAAUUAGAGUAUUCAUUUAUCGAUAGUCAAAGGGCAUUUAUGAAGUACAGGUUACCCCUAAGGGAAAUUGUUGUUGACUUCUACAAUGAACUAAAAAGUAUUACAUCUGGUUAUGCUUCAUUCGAUUAUGAAGAUUCAGAGUAUGUGGCUUCUGAUGUGGUGAAACUUGAUGUUCUUUUGAAUGGACAACCUGUUGAUGCAAUGGCAACUAUUGUUCAUAGUUUGAAAGCACAACGUGUUGGUCGUGAACUUGUAGACAAACUCAAGAAAUUUAUCGAUAGACAAAUGUUCGAGAUCACAAUACAAGCUGCUGUUGGAUCAAAGGUCAUUGCUAGGGAAACGAUUUCGGCUUUGAGAAAGAACGUUCUUGCAAAGUGUUAUGUUGGAGAUGUGACAAGGAAGAAGAAAUUGUUGGAGAAACAAAAAGAAGGAAAGAAGAGAAUGAAGCGUGUUGGGUCAGUCGAUAUCCCUCAAGAGGCUUUUCACGCAAUACUGAAAGUAGGCUAACUUUUACAAAAAAAAAUCCUCAAGAGCCCAAAUUUACAAAUAAAAAUAAAAUAAAUUCCAAGGCCGAAUAUUAAAGGAGAUAAGUGCACGUGCUAGUCUUUUGGCUCAUUGUCGGGAAAGGGUAUUUUUGGUAGUCUAAAGGUAACCAACCAAUCAUGGAUAUCUACAUUGAAAAAAAGACAUUUUUGCCCUUCAAUAUUAUAGAGACGAUCGAGAUAGGGAUAUUUUUGGUAGUGUAUCGGGUAACUAACUAAUCAAGUCAUGGAUAUCUAUCUACAUUGAAAAGAUAUUUUUUCCCUUUGUUAUUCAUUGUAGAAUAUUCAUACAUAUGUCUUUGAAAAGACUUGCAACGUACAAAUGUCAACGUAUUUGAUUAUUGUCAUCGUGUCUUUUAGAACCAUAUAGUGUAUUAGCUUAUUAUUAUAUUUUUUUUAUUUUAUUGUUAUUGAAUGCACUACAAAUUUUAAAAUGUAGUGUAUAUUUUAGGAUUUAGGACGAGGGAGAGGGGAUCCAUUAAGGAAACUAUGAAACAGUGUGAGAG